AUGGGGGACAUGGACAAAGACCUAAAGACAGACCCGCCAUGUCAUCCUAGAGCAUGUGCAAUCCAGAAUUGUAUACAAAAGAACAACUACAACGAAGGGAAAUGCAGAAAAGAGAUCGAUGCCUUGUAUGAAUGCUGUAAUGCUUUCUACAAAGAACAAGGAGAAAAUGCCAGUACCGUGAGCUGUCCAAAAUAUUCGCUGCUGAAGCUUAAGAUGGAGCAACGUGCUAAGGGUAUAUCAUAG